GGCCACCCGAGGCUGUGCGAAACUGUCGUGUGAGCAACCAAACCUCAGUCUCACUGGCGGUCGAGUGCGAUCCGGGUGACCAUGGGGGACUGCGGCAGACCUUUCACCUGGAGGUGUACAACUCGGCCUUGGAGCUCCUGCAGCGCAACCUCAGUUCCUCGGAGGGCGCGUCGUUCGUGGUGCGUGACCUGCCGCCCGGCACUGCCUUCAUACUAGUACUCUACGGUUCCAACUCCAAGGGCCGCAGCAACAGCGUCUCCAUAUCCACCAACACGCUGCCCUCACCCGAGAGGAGGACAGCUAACACGGACAUCACAUCAGUGAGUCCAGUGCUUGGUGUCCUGAUCGGCAUCGUGGGAGCUCUUGUGCUGGUGGCCAUCGUUAUCGUGGUCGUAAUGCGACUCCGCGGAGACGACAGCGAGAAGCGUGCUACUGAGGAGAGUCCAUAA